UUGUACGAACUGCGCAUGUCCGGUGUGUAAAUUUAGUGCUUCGGUAAGCGUCCGCCAUAACGGUCUAAAAAUUCUUAUUGAAUAAGCGUGUUUCGCGUUUUCGUAAUCAGUUUUUUUUGAAGAUAUCCGGUCUCCGUUAAAUAUCGUAAAAAUGGUCGAUAAAAUCGAAAUGAGUCUUGAUGAUAUAAUAAAGUCUAGCAAGGGAAGACGCGGUGGAAAACGCGGCGCCAGAGGGGGCGGCCGUCCCGGAGGAGGUGGAGCACGCCGUGGUACAUUUCGGGGCCAAAAAUCGCCCGGAGGCGUACAAAGAGGUCGUAAUCGUGGCGGAAUUGCGCGGCCGUAUACCAGGGGAGACGUUAACAGUGCGUGGAAGCACGAUUUGUUCGAAGGUUAUGGGCCGAGAAAGGUCGCGGCGGCCGUCGCUCGCGCCGCUCUACAAUCAAAUCUCGGUCCCGCGAAGUUGCUCGUCUCCAAUUUAGAUUUUGGAGUCUCCGAUACGGAUAUACAGGAGCUCUUUGCCGAAUUCGGCCCGUUGAAAAACGCCUCUGUCCAUUAUGACCGCUCUGGCAGGUCUUUGGGCACCGCUGACGUUAUUUUUGAACGCCGAAACGACGCUGUUAAGGCAAUGAGACAAUAUAAUGGGGUUCCGUUGGACGGUCGAGCAAUGAACAUCCAGAUGACAACUUCAGAAAUACCAGUCAUGACAAGAUCGCCUAGAAUUCCAUCAGCCGGUGCCAACAAUGUGGAGAGGAAGCAAUUUAGGAGUCCUAGAGGAGGUGGUCGUGGGCGUCCCAUGAGGGGUCGCGGUGGUGGUGGUAGGAAUCCAAGAAACAUUAAAAAAACUGCACCAACGGCAGAAGAAUUAGACGCUGAAUUGGACGCCUACAGCAAAGAAAUGAAAUAGCCAUUAUAGCCUUAAACUCAAACAUGUCUCAAAUUUAUAUAAAAAAUCUUCUUUUUUACGUGUGAAUUGUAAGAAAGGUGUGUUUUGUUUCAAUUACUCUUUUUUAUUGAUUACUGCAUCUUGAGUUGUUUCGUUUAUUUUUAAAACUGUACUUUAAUUGUAAAUGCGCGUGUGAUGACGCUAGAAUGAUUAUUACAAAAAUGUUUUGAAAAGGGGAAAACAUCCCUUUUUGGACUGUUCAUUUACAUAUUGACUAAUUGUCAAAUUAUUAUUAAUUAAUUCAUUAAGGUUUAGUGUGUAUUAACAUAAGAUUAGAGUUGAAUAAGGGAUGUGUUUUUAAAAAAAUACAUAUUGAUAAAAUAAAAAAGUUUUUUGAGAAA